AUGUCCCCUUCUCAAUCCAGUUUGUUUCAGUUGGUAUUAUUAGUAUUCUUGUUAGCAUUGUUUUCCAACCUCUCUUUUGCAACUGCUAGUUUACAGAAACUGUCUAAUAGAAGCCUUGCUGAGUCUUCCUGUCCAUUGAAAUAUAAUGUUCUUCGUGAUCUUGCCAAGGAAGCUCCACCGAGGCUUGCGCUCGUCGACGUGCCUACUCAAUGUCAAUAUAUGCAGAAAGGGAUUCUUCUCGUUCGAUCGGAAUAUCUUCGAACUCAUGGCUACUUUGUUCCUCCUCCUGACACGGUCCAGCCAUGCUGGGGGUUAUAUCGCAAGUUAGUUGGCCAGUACUUGCAUGACUUCGAUAUACAAACCACUUGUGGGUAUCAUCCUGAAUGGAUUUCGAAGACUUUUAAUAAUAUUACAACGCGGCAACAGUUUGAAAGCAAAAUCCCAUUUCCUGAAAUGCAAGAAAUGAGGCUUGCUUGUAACCAUUCUUUGGAAAAUAGCUCUGUUUGUCAAUCUUGUUUGCAGAAGCUGUUGAGUCUUGAGAAACUGUACCUUCAGAAUCCAAAACUUAAUAAUGUAUCUAAUGCUUCUGAUUAUCUGUUUAUGUACGCAGCAGCUUUUAGCAGUGAGCUUGGACCGAGUGAUCCAGCAACUGCCAAUUGCUUGUUCAGGCUUGAAUUCUCGGGCCGGCUCACCUCCAAUAAGAAGCACAAGUCUGUAAUUUCUGGUGUUGUUUUGGGUUGCGUUAUCGGUGUCGUGGGUGCCUCUGUUGCUGUGUGGUUGUUCUGGAUGCUGCACAAGAAAUUUGAGAGAAAAAAGAAUAUUUCUGUUACUAAAGAUGAGACUAGUUUGGACUUUGGCUUUGGACUGCACAGAAGAAGUACCAAUUUAGUCAAAUUCAAGAUCGAUGAAAUUAGGAGUGCUACAAUGAAUUUCUCCAGGAAUUAUAUUAUUGGGAAAGGAGGUUUUGGCAAUGUUUACAAGGGGAUAUUACCUGAUGGAUCUGAAGUUGCAUUCAAGAGAUUCAAGAACUGUUCUGCUUCUGGUGAUGCAACUUUUGCACAUGAAGUGGAAAUCAUUGCAAGUGUUAGGCAUGUCAAUCUUGUUGCUUUAAGAGGCUACUGUACUGCAACAGUUCCCUUAGAAUGUCACCAACGAAUCAUCGUCUGUGAUCUGAUGCAGAACGGAAGCCUACAUGACCAUCUAUUUGGAUCAGAAAUGAAGAAGCUAAGCUGGCCAAUUCGUCAGAAGAUCGCACUUGGAACAGCUCGCGGAUUGGCUUAUCUACACCAUGGAGUUCAGCCUGCAAUCAUCCAUAGAGAUAUAAAAGCAAGUAACAUACUUCUGGAUGAGACAUUUGAACCCAAGGUAGCAGAUUUCGGCCUGGCAAAGUUCAAUUCACAAGGUAUGACACAUUUGAGCACUAGGGUAGCAGGGACUCUUGGCUAUGUUGCUCCAGAAUAUGCCUUGUAUGGUAAAUUAAGUGAAAGAAGCGAUGUUUACAGCUUUGGUGUUGUGCUUCUUGAGCUUCUGAGUGGAAGAAAAGCAUAUGUAAACUGUGAAGGAGAAGUUUCUCUGCUGACAGAUUGGGCCUGGUCGCUAGUAAAAGAAGGGAGAGCAUUGGAUGUUAUUGAACAUAACAUGCCUGAAAUGGACUCGCCAAAAAUAAUGGAACAGUAUGUGCACAUAGCUGCCAUUUGUGCUCAUCCAAUAUUAUAUGCCAGGCCAACAAUGUAUCAGAUUGUCAAGAUCCUGGAAACCAACCUGCUGCUAGUUCCCUCAACUCUUGGAGUUUAUAUCAGCUCGGGUUAUAUGUCCAGUUGUCCUUCCAUCACAAGUGAUGAACAAAAUUCGGAUAGUGGGGAUAGGGACACAGAGGGAAGCUUAACAGUGCCCAUUAUUUGA